AUGGUCCGCAUCACAAACCUCCUCGCUGUCUUUGUUUCAUUCUUCGGCUUUGCUGCUGCCUUCGCCCCAGUAAACUCCAACUUUGGUGUUACACGAUUGGCUCCUGCGUCACCGAUGGCAGACUACCAACCUGCCAGUUUGCAACGGCAACGAAAUUCGGUGGCCCAAGUUCAGACAAUGGGAUUGUUCGGUCUUGGAGCUCCUGAAAUUGGUGUCAUCCUUGUGGCUGCUGCCUUCUUGCUUGGACCCGAGAAGCUUGCCGAAUUUGGAAAGGACGCUGGAAAGAUUGCCGGAGAACUCAAGGAAGUCCCAGCAGAGUUCCAAAAGGGUCUUGAAGAGGGUGAAAAGCAAGCAAAGAUGGCGAAGGCAAAGACUGCAGCUAAGGAGGACUCUUCUUCUGACUAA